ACUCAUGCGACCGGAUGAGGAUACUAUUAGGGAAACAGCUGAAAAAACUAGGGCGGCGUUGGAGAAGCUGGUGGAUGCAAAAAUCAAGGCGUCUCAACCAAAGCAAAUCACCAUGGCGAAAAAGGGGCCGACCUACGUAAAGUACACUCCAGCACAACCAAAUAAUGCCGUGACUUCGGGAGCCGCUUCUCGUGUGAUUCGUAUGGUUGAAGCACCCAUUGACCCAAUGGAACCUCCUCGCUUCAAGCACAAAAAAGUCCCUCGCCCUCCACCGUCCCCUCCGCCACCUGUGUUACAUUCACCUCCUCGGAAAGUCACUGCUGAAGAACAGAAGAACUGGGUAAUCCCACCGUGCAUUAGUAACUGGAAGAACGCAAAAGGAUACACUAUCCCGUUGGACAAGCGACUGGCCGCGGAUGGACGCGGCCUGCAAGAGAUAACGAUCAACGACAAUUUCGCAAAACUCUCUGAAGCGCUGUUUAUUGCUGAUCGUCAUGCUCGAGAAGAAGUGCAAAUUCGAUCAGAGAUGCAAUCAAAGCUGGCGGCCAAAGAAAAACGAGAAAAGGAGGAAAAGCUUCGAAUGCUAGCGCAAAGGGCUCGGGAGGAACGAGCUGGGCUGGUUUCAGGUGCGGGUGGAGAGGCCGCUGCACCUGCAUCAGAGAGAUCAGACGCAUCAUCGGAUUCAGAAGACAGCAUUGACGAGGAAGAUCGCGCAAAGUUGAAAGAGCGUGAAGAGUUGAGGAGAGAGAGGCAGAAGCAGCGGGAACGUGAAUUUAGAAUGAGCCAUAUGGGGGCGGAAACCAAAGCCAGAGUAUUGAGUAAGAGCACGGAUCGGGACAUUUCUGAGAAGAUUGCACUCGGUCUUGCGCAGCCAACAAUGUCAAAAGAAUCAAUGUUUGACCAGCGGCUCUUCAACCAGGAUCAAGGGAUGGGCUCUGGCUUUGGAGCGGAAGAUUCCUACAAUCUGUAUGAUAAACCCUUGUUUCAGGGCUCUUCUGCCAAUGCAAUCUACAGACCAAAGAAGGCUGAAGAGGCUGUCGGUGGGGUGGCAGCAGAGAAGAUCGAAAAGAUGCUGGGCGAAAGCGGACCGCAUCGGGGAUUUCAGGGCGCGGAUGGUGCAGUCAGGGAUGGUCCUGUUCAGUUUGAGCGGGAACAAGCAGAUAUUUACGGUAUCGACGAAUUCUUGUCUACCGCGAAGCGAGGAAGGGACAAGGACGAAGGAAGUUCAUCGAGAAGGGAUGGCAAGCGUUCGCGGAGGGAUUAGGGUCUGUUAUAGUUUAUGGUUUAUGUUCUCGUGAAAAAUAAUAUGAUGGACCGUUUAAAAGC